UAAAAAACAGAGCCAUGGGAGAAGUAGUUGAUCCAUCAUUCAUUCAAUCAAUCGAACACAGACCAAACCUCGCCCCAAUCGAAGCCCAAGGCAUACCCAUCAUCGAUCUCUCUCCGGCGAAUUCUCCGACCGAAGCUCUUGUGGCGGCGAUCGGCGAAGCGAGUGAAAAGUGGGGAUUUUUUCAGGUGAUAAACCACGGUGUACCGGCGGAAACACGCAGAAAGCUUGAAUGGGCAUCGAGGGAAUUCUUCAAUCUAUCGAAAGAGGAGAAAUUGAAGGUGAAAAGAGACGAAUUGAAUCCUCAGGGGUAUUACGAUGCAGAGUUAACAAAGAAUGUUAGAGAUUGGAAAGAAGUGUUUGAUUUCACUACCAAGGAACCAACCAUCAUCCCUAAUGAUUCUAAUUUCAUUCAUCUUGUCAAUCGUUGGCCUCAACAACCUCCCAAUUUCAGGAAAAUAUUUGAAGAAUAUGCAGAAGAAGUAGAGAAGUUAGCCUAUAAACUAUUGGAGCUAAUUAGUUUGAGCUUGGGUUUGGCAAAAGAUAGAUUGAAUGAAUUCUUUAGCGAGAAACAGACAAGCUAUAUCAGGUUGAACCACUACCCUCCUUGUCCAUUUCCCGACCAAGCUCUUGGCAUAGGUCGACACAAGGAUAGUGGAGCAUUGACCAUCCUUGCUCAAGAUGAGGUCCAAGGAUUGGAAGUCAAACGUAAGACCGACGGUGAGUGGAUCCGUGUGAAGUCUGAUGUGGAUGCUUACAUUAUCAACAUUGGUGAUGUUCUUCAAGUUUGGAGCAACCACAAAUACGAGAGUGUUGAACACAGGGUGACGGUAAACACGGAGAAGGAGAGGUUCUCAAUGCCGUUUUUCUUCCAUCCGGGACACCAUGUAAUGGUGGAACCACUAGAUGAGAUGAUAUCGGAAGAAAAUCCUCCAAAGUACAAAACAUAUAAUUGGGGAAAGUUCUUUAUUACUCGAAAGAGGAGUAACUUCAUUAAGCUUAAUGUUGAUAACAUUCAAAUUUCUCAAUUUAAAAUUUAG